AUGGAGACGGAAUUUUUCACGGAGUAUGGGGAUGCUACUAGAUACAAAAUUCUGGAAGUUAUAGGGAAGGGAAGCUAUGGAGUUGUUUGUGCAGCCAUUGACACACAUACUGGGGAAAAAGUAGCAAUAAAGAAAAUAAAUGACAUAUUUGAGCAUAUCUCUGAUGCCAUUCGAAUUUUACGCGAGGUUAAGUUGCUUAGGCUUUUACGCCAUCCUGAUAUCGUAGAAAUUAAACGCAUCAUGCUGCCACCCUCAAGGCGGGAAUUCAGAGACAUUUAUGUUGUCUUUGAGCUAAUGGAGUCUGACCUGCACCAAGUCAUCAAAGCCAAUGAUGACUUAACGCAUGAGCACCACCGGUUCUUCCUUUAUCAGAUGCUACGUGCAUUGAAGUACAUGCAUACAGGUAAAUAA